GUCUUUUUUUAGUUUAAUUAUGGGUGUGGAUCAAAAUCAAGAAUUUUCUCAACGAUUAAUCUUGAUCUCUUGAUCUUAUAUAAAACAAAGUGGCCGGCCGGGGUUCUUGUAUAUAUAGCUAGCAAGAGAAAUGAAUAUCAGCAGCUCUGAUCUCAUUGAUGCAAAGCUUGAAGAACAUCAAUUGUGUGGAUCCAAACAGUGCCCUGGAUGUGGCCAUAGACUUGAAGAAAAACCGGAUUGGGUUGGUUUACCAGCAGGAGUAAAGUUUGAUCCAACUGAUCAAGAAUUGAUAGAACACCUUGAAGCAAAAGUUGGUGAUAAAAAUUCCAAAUCUCACCCUCUAAUUGAUGAGUUUAUUCCUACUCUUGAAGGUGAAGAUGGGAUUUGUUAUACACAUCCAGAAAAACUCCCUGGAGUUACAAGAGAUGGAUUGAGUAAACACUUUUUCCAUCGGCCUUCCAAAGCUUACACCACCGGUACCAGAAAAAGGCGAAAAAUCCAGACAGAGUGUGACCUACAAGGAGGAGAAACACGUUGGCAUAAGACAGGCAAGACCCGACCGGUUAUGUUGAACGGGAGGCAAAAAGGGUGCAAGAAAAUAUUGGUACUUUAUACUAACUUUGGGAAGAACCGAAAACCUGAAAAGACUAAUUGGGUAAUGCAUCAGUAUCACCUUGGACAACAUGAAGAGGAGAGGGAAGGCGAGCUUGUUGUAUCGAAAAUAUUUUAUCAGACUCAACCAAGACAAUGUAAUUGGACUGAGAGGGCAAUUGCUAACAACAUUGUAUCGAAUAAUAUUCGCAUUGAGGGUGCAAAUAGUACCAAGGAAAUGAACAAUGUUAGCAGAAGGGAAAGUAGAAGUGGAAGUGGGAGUUGUUCUUCUUCAAAAGAAAUCAAUGUUGCUACUCCAAUUGCUCAAAACAAUAUUAGAGAUGAACUUAUUAGCGCGGUUAUGUCAAGUUACAAUCCGAUGGAUCAAAUGCAACAAUUUACAAGUGUUGAUCAAUAUAGCUUCGUUCCCUAUAGAAAAAGCUUUGGCGAGGUUAGAACAACAACAGGAGAGCCUUCAUCUAUCACGUGCGAUGGACGUGAUCACUUGCAAAGGCAAACCCAGCACCCGGAACAAAUGAACUAUGAGGAUGAUCAUCCACAUCAUCAACAACAAUAUCAUCCACAUCAGCAACAGCUCGCGACGUAUGUCAGCCAGCCGUCUCAUGCCAUAUCAACAAUCAUCAGUACUCCUCCUGCGCCAUUGAAUCACACCUCCAUUAAUAUUCUUGAUGAUGAUGGCUCCUUUCAGGUCUCUAGGAUCAUGGAAAAUCUUCAGCAACAACAUCAUAAGAUGGUGGGAAGAUCGGCAUCAGGAUUGGAGGAACUCAUAAAGGGAUGCACUACUACUCCAUCAUCAUCAUCAACUCAUGAUCAUAUUAUCAAACAACAGGAACGUUCGAUUACAAACCCACAAGAAACAGAUUGGUUGAAGUAUUCAGAGUUCUGGCAUGACCCUGAUCACCAUGUCUAGCUAGAUUGAUCGAUGAACCCGAUCCGACAUAUAUAAUAAGCAAGAAGAAUAUAUAUAUAUAGCACCAUGUAUACGUAUAGUACGUAAAUACAUUACUACUUCAUCUUAUAUAUUAUAUUAAUUAUUAUUAUAUAUAGUAAGCUUGAAGGCAAGAAUUAAUGAUCAAGAAAGCUUUUAAUUUUGCAAGACACUACAAGGAGCAAAUUAAAGAA